UCCUAGAAGAUGUUAAGUAACUUUAUUUGCAAAGGGAAGUGCAAUAAUAUUCAAAUCCUCAUUAAGCAUUUAUGGAAUUUCACCAAUGUCGUUGAAGAGAAAAAUUAUUUUGUGAACAUGGUGUUGAAUUGACUUUGACAACCUUUAACUACUUUGUUGAAUAAAUCAUAUAAACAGUUGAUCCUACAUGAACGCAUUUCAAACUAUAUGUAUUCACUUAUUUAUUUAUUUAUUUAUUUGCAAUUUAGGGAAAUCCACUUGCAUGAUCAUGAUGAUGUCAUGCCAUAUUUCUGACACUAGAUGUUUCCAAAAUCACACUUUUUUAUUAUUUUUUAUUACUAGUAAAUUUAAUGUUUUCACAUUAAAUAGUUUCUUUUGAGAAAUACAAACAGACAAAUAAAAACGAAAAAACUAACGUGUAUUUUUAAGACAAUUUAUAUUCCAAAACCUAAAGCUUCACUAGGUAGAGGAGAUAAACCGGUGCGUUCAGAAAUAGAGCCAAUAGUUGAAAGUGGAGGAGUUACAAAAUUGAAUAGAAACUCAACUUCUUCCUGCAACUCUUCAGAAUAAAAGAAAAAUUGCUAGAAGCCACACACCAACCUCCAGCGAACCUUUGUUGGUUCUUAGCUGCAAUGGAAAUUAGAAAAUGCCGAACGGGGAUUCUUCUCUUUAUGGUGGUAUACUUCUUCAUAGCUGUCUUUAACACAAUACCACCUAAGACAAGCCGUGUCAUCCCAAAGCCAAAGCAGCAAACUUUGCCUUUUCUGACCUCGCAAGAGAGCAUCACUCCCCUUUUCAACACCAAGCACUUCAUGGUGUCGGCUUUCAUGGACCAAAGAAGAAAAGCUCAUGAUAUCCGCAUCAUUGGAAUAUUCAAAAGAAAUUCCAUCCGUCCUCUUCACUGCUUUUUCUACUGUGGCCAAUUUUUCAAUAAAACCACUUCCGCCUCUGUUCUACAACACUUGGCUCACUUUAAAUAUCCCUACGGUCCUGCAGAUGUUCUGUGUCGCAUGCCUGAAAACUGCAGUGCAACUCAUGUGACCCUUCUGACUCAACCAAGUCCAGUUAAUGUAUCUGAUCAUAUUUGGCUGCCGAUAAGAAACAAAAAGAACCCCUAUGAGGAAAAACUGAACUUCACUGUCUGCAUUUCUACCCUCUAUGGAGAUUACAACAAUGUGCUUCAGUUUGCACAAACUCUGGAGGUGUACAAGUUACUCGGUGUGAACAGAGUGGUGAUCUAUAACACUAGCUGUGGUCCUGAACUCGACCGUCUUCUGAAGAGCUACAGCGAGGAAGGUUUUGUUGAAAUUGUUCAAUGGCCCAUCAAAAAGUAUCUGAAUCCAUCCAGUGGCUGGAAAGUUCGAGUACACAAAGGAGACCUGCAGUAUUUUGGUCAGGUCGUUACCCUCAAUGAGUGCGUCUAUAGAUCCAUGGAGCGUUCACGCUACGUCGUGCUGAGUGACAUAGAUGAGAUCCCAAUGCCAUAUCAACACAACAACCUCAACUCUCUGAUGGCAUCACUGCAUCGAAAACAUCGAAAGGUAGCAGUGUUCAUCCUUGAAAGUCAUGUCUUUCCUAAAAUAUAUUUUGAUCCAAGUGAAAGAUUCCGUCUCCCUCAAUGGAGCAAUGUGUCAGGAAUUAAUAUUCUGGAGCACAUCUACAGAGAAGACCCUGACAGGAAGAAGUUCCUACAUUUCAAGAUGAUAGUUCAACCAAAGCGGGUGGAGCAGACCUCCGUACACGAUGUUCUCAGGAAAUUUGGAGGAAGCCUUAGAGUUCCGUGGAAACUCUGUCGCUUCAUUCAUAUUCAUGUCCCCCGACGUACAUCAUUAAAGCUGGAGGAGCUAAAAGUGGACAAACGACUGUGGGACUUCCAGGAAAAACUGAUUCCCAACGUGGACAAGGCUCUGCAGAGAGCAGGACUGCUGACAGAGAGUUAGACACUGCGGAAUACAUUUUAGCUGUUAGGAUACUCAUCUUUAUUCAUUUGAAAUGUGAGAAGCAAAGGGGAGGUGGACAAAAGUUUACAUUGAAAAAGUACUUGCUGUUUUUUACCAUAUGAAAUGUAUUAGAAAACCCAACAAAGAAUGAGGAACUCUUAUGGAUUUUAGAACAUUUACUUGACACGUGCAGCAAUGCCGAAUCCGAAUUCUGCCCCUCCGGCUUCUCCCUACCCCUCCAAUUGAAGGGGCGUUUGAAGUGAAAGGGGUGUCCGAAAUAGUUUUUAAGGGUAGAGCGAAGGGGUUUUGAAUUCUGUAUCCCUCACAUUGUGCUGCAGAGAAGACGAUUUCUUCAAGAGUGUGCUCUGAAACAAAGAAGUUUUCAUUUAAAUGUAUGUAAUGACUUGAUAUUUUUGCAGCUAUCUUUUUAUUUAAAGUAAUAUUAAAAAGUUACAUUUUUAAAGUUUUAAAAAUAUAGUUUUAGU